UAAUACUAAUAAUUAAUAUUGAUGAUUAAAUCAAAUCUCAUUUGAAUGUAGGAAGUGCUAAGUAUACUGUUUGUUGCGACUUAAUGAAUUAAUUAAAUUAACUUAUUAUUUUUAUUAAACAACAUUUUAUAAAAGGGUCCAAUCGUCCUUCGCGAUGGUGCUUUUUAUUAUUUAUUUAUUUGCUGCUGAGGAGCAGUAUGCACAUCUUAAAUCGGCAGUAAAGUUCUACUUUAUUGCCGAUUUCUUUUACUUUACUGCCGAUUGUUAAGUACUUUACUGCCGAUUUCGGAUAAAAUUAUUUACACUUAAUAAAACUGUCACCAGUUUAUAAUCUGUAACAAUUCUUUAAACGUCAAAAAUGAAUUUCUUGACAAAAACUUUCACACUUAAUAAAACCAUAUUGCCGGGACAUACAUUUUUGGUAUCAACGAUUAGAAAUCAUUGGAACAAGGACUACAAACCAGGACCUUACCCAAAAAACGAAGAAGAGUGGGAACGAAAUGCGAAAAAAUACAACCUUCAUAAAUCUGAAUAUCACCCAUAUCCUGAUGAUGGCACAGGUUUAGGAGACUAUCCAGAUCUACCGAUGAUCUCGGCCGACUCAAAGGAUCCUUUUUAUCCUUAUGACAAUCCUGAGUUGCGAAGAAACUUUGAAGAACCAUUGCACGCUGAAUUCGAUGUAAUGAGGUUAGAUCGUGUGGAUGUAAACGCGAAGUUUAGAUACCCAUUAUGGGUGAUGCUAGCCCAGUUUUUGGGGGUAAUGUUUUUCUCAUGUACCAUUAUUACCCUUGGUGAAUAUGUAAAGAUGUUUCACCCCCUCGUGCCCAGACAAUACCCCAAGGAAGGUAAAACCUACUAUACAUUUGAACCCAUCUGUUAAUAACUCGUAGAAAUAAACUGUUUAUUAUGAUAAUACGCUUUGAAUAACCCGAAAUUAAAGAAACUUUAAACAUGUAUUUAGCAGAAGCAGGUUGACUAAAUACCAAGAGAACACAUGUCGGUCGGUAGCUGGAAGCGAUUUAAAAAGGGAAUUAAAAAUAUUAAUGCGAGUGUGUGGACAAUGUCGGAAAAGUUUGAUUUUUUCCUCCUUAAGGGUGCUACUGCAAGUAGAGACCGGGGCUUAUUUUGAACGGGUGCAGUUACUUAUUUGCAUAAUGAUGAUGAUAACGUAUUAACGGGUUCACCUGUCUGUCCCGGGUCGAAGGCGCCCAGGGGAACAGCUAUCGCGCGUACGCACGUCCAUCAUACGUCCAGAUCACCCGAAGAUAACCGUAGUGUUUGAAAAAAAAUUAAAACGCAUUAUUAUUCUUAAAUGCAGUGGUCGAAGGUAAUUACGUGGGAUUUCGUGAUGUUCGUGCGUAAACACCACGGGUGCGACAAUUUUAAUUUUUAAAUUUAUGGUUGUAUCUCAAAUAUUGGCAUACUCAGGUGAUGUAAGUUGGGGUUAAAAUGCAAUCAAAUUUACCAGUUAACCAAAUCUAAUGUAAUGUUAUGGUCAAAGGUAGGAAAAGUAUUAUUAACUAAAAAACUUGAUUUAUAUUAAUGUUAAAUACGUAGGGACAAGUGAAGAAAAGGGUUAGAUACAAUUUUUAAUAAUCAAGAACAAUUUAAUUGCAAUACCAAAUUUAAUUUUCUUUCUACACUCUGAUAUGCCAUUUAUAAAUGGGUUAACAAAGCCAGGUGGUUAUUAGAGACCUUCUUGGUAUUUAGUAUUUUUUAUAUCGAAUAUAUAAAAAAAUCUCAAUUAAAAUGCCAUUUUCUCAAUAAUUUGAAUACAUAAUCUUGGUAAUGUCAAAUAGGUUCAGCUGUAGGUAUUUUUUAUUAACACCGGUCUAUUGCAAUCACCUGCAGACAAUCACAUACUGUCAAAGACAUCUUGUUUUCGUACCACAGCCGACAACAAAAAUUAUUAAUGCAUAUUAAAAUACUGUCAUAAAAUUAAUUAUCGAGAAGCAAAAGUAUACGUUCGUUCGCGAUAACGUCAACUUUAAAGAUGCAUGCGAUGAAACGGCAUAUUUUUUAUUUAAUUCAAUAUUAAUCUCGGAACGCGUUUGCAUAGUUUAGAUUAUGACCAGCAGGCCUAAAUAUACAAGCCACGGGCUACGCUCUCGGUAUAAGUAAGUGCUCCGUAGGAAAUCCUCCAGUAACCGUCAUAACGCAUGGGACAUGCUGUUUGUUUUUAAGACGCCCCGCGGCUGGCUGACCCCCGUCGUUUCGUGGGCCCCCUAAAAGCUACCUCUUAUCAGAUCUCUGCAUGAUGACAUUUUCAAUUCGCUCAAAACCAUUCGAGAAGAAAAUCUUCGACAAUCUCGCUCCUUAUUUAAUAUACGUUGAAGAAAAGAGAUGCCAGGAUAAUGUGGCGAUUUUAAUGAAGAAUGCGCUUAUAAUUUCCGAGACACUAAUGUGGAGUCCGGUGUUUGACGCCUUCGUAAUAAUUUUACGGCGGGCCGUAAUAUGUUUCUUGCAUUGCUUGAGUCAGUAGGCGCAAGAAUGCGCGAUAAACAACCAAAAUGAUAUAUUUUUGGUACAUAUUCCAAUUAAUUUUUUUAACAAACCAAAAAACACCAAAAUAUAGCAGUAAUAUUGGAAUAUAAGCACCAACGUUUUUGCAAUUGAGAAUUUAGAGGCUUUGCUGGUCUACAACAUUUAGGACAGGGUAAUUCGAAAAUAAAUGGCUGAUUAUAUUAGCAAUUGUUAAUAAUUAAUGACAUUCAUUUCUCCGGCUGUAAAGAAUAUUAUUUCUUCCCCUGUAUAUAUUUUCAUUCCCUCCCAGUUACCACGUAAGAAUGUUUUUCUACUACUAUUACGGAAUUUGACCCUUAUCUAUAGAAUGACAUAUAUUCCGUAAAGUGUUACAGAAUUAAAUAUCAUCUGAUGACAGAAUAAACACUCGUGGCGACAUCUCUGUUUUUAAUAUCUAACAAAUUUUAGACCGAUCCAACCUCACUUUCUUCCAAUUAAAUUAUUUUUCUAUGGUAUUUUUUGGAAACGUAGAAAAAGUAUAGUCUGAAACACGUUUGGAAUUGCAUAUUCCGCUCUCGUGAAACCUUCAAACUCGCCUUCGGCUCGUGUGACAAACU